AUGCCCAGGAAAUUGCCCUGGCUUCAGGCCAAGAAUACCGUUGCUGUGAAAAAAGAGUCAACACCGCGGAAGCGCGUGAAGACGGAACCCAAUUUUGGUCACGACCUCACUCCCAAGAACCCCCGAGUUUCUCCUCCCAGUCGCGAUUUCUUCAGAUCCUCCCAAAGUCCGCCGACCUCUCCUAUCAGACGCUGUCCUUCCGAAGAAUUUCUAAUUGAAGGAAUUCAACACGAUGAUGGUUGGGUCAUGGUCGAAGACGAGUUCUACGCCGUUGCCCAAACAUUCACUCAACACCUACAUCACGCGGAGUACCUGCGACGGAGAAAGGAAGUAAAAGCUCAAAAUGCAGCCGGGAUGAAAGAAAUCAAGAGGCCUACAGACAGCCGCACCCCAGUCUCAAAUGAAGUUGAACGGAAAAGAGAAGCUGAAGCGCUGAGGGAGCGACAAAAAGCUGGGCUCGCGCAGAUAGGAUACGGAGCAGUCAGCGAGAAAGAUGAAGAUGGAGACGAAGAUGAUGAGAGGUGGGCUGGGACACAUCUUCACGAUCUCAUGACGAGCCCACGAAAAACACGAUCCUUAGCGGGAAUGUACGGACCUAAGUCCUCUACCAGAGCUGCUGCGGGCUUUGGACAGGCGCUUACUUCAGGUUCUGGACGAGCUCGGGUGAACAGUAUCGGGAGUGUGACUGAACCAUCAAGGGCACUAGAAGUUCCAAGCACUCAACUGGAUGAAGAGACGGCCUCGGGUUCGGAUGAAACUGACGGUGACGAUCUUGAUCUAGAAAUCCAACCAGUCGUGCUGCCGGCUAGAAGGACAAAUACCACUUUACGAGAAAUUCAGGCUCACGAUCAAGCAACGCCACGAGCCCGGCAGCAACUGAACAUACAGAGCACGUCUACGUCAAAAUCGCAGGUGAAGCCGGCACACGGGCGACCCAGUCCAGCGAACGCGUAUAAAUCACGGGUUCAGUCGCUUUUUGACGAUCUUGAUGAACUACCAGAGUCAUCUCAGAUAAAUAAGUCUAUUUCUAACAAUUCCCAGAUACCUCCUGCAAGACAACCGCCUGUAACGGGCGGAGGGAACACCUCAGAUCCAAAGAAAUCCCGGCACAGUGAAGUGCCCACCUUCUUGUUGUGA